AUGGCCGACCGGGCAGCAGCUGAGAGAGCUUGCAAAGACCCCAACCCCAUCAUUGACGGCCGCAAGGCCAACGUGAACCUGGCAUAUUUGGGCGCCAAGCCUCGGAGCCUCCAGACGGGCUUUGCUGUCGGCGUGCAGCAGCUACACCCCACCUUGAUCCAGCGGACUUAUGGGCUGACUCCCCACUACAUCUACCCGCAAGCCAUCGUCCAGCCCAGCGUGGUGAUCCCAGCCACCCCCAUCCCGUCGCUGUCCUCACCCUACAUUGAGUACACACCGGCCAGCCCAGCCUACGCCCAGUACCCUCCUGCUACCUAUGACCAGUAUCCGUAUGCCGCCUCGCCGGCCACAGCUGCCAGCUUUGUGGGCUACAGCUACCCAGCUGCUGUGCCACAGGCCCUCUCGGCCACAGCCCCCACAGGCACCACCUUCGUGCAGUACCAGGCGCCGCAGCUGCAGCCCGACAGGAUGCAGUGAGGGGCGUUCUACUCCAGGGACUGUGACAGUGUCACCCACUCAGCAGACAGACCCGCUGGGCCACCAUGGGCCCACGGCUGUCCAGGCUGAGCUUCAGGGGUGACCAGUACCUGUGCCUCCGAAAACCCCUGGGGUACCCAGGAUAUCCGAGAGACUGCUUCUCUUUAAAUCUAGGUCCCAUCAUUUGAGGGAGGACUUUAGGAAGAAAGAACGUCCGAGAAGCUAUUUAAAGAUGCAACCCCAAAUUCCUCGCACACCCAGCAGCCCUCUUUCUGCACCUUCUCCUGUCCUUGUCCACACUCCAGGUGCCCACAGGCCUGUCUCCACCACAGCAGCUGGGUGGGUCCCUCCCAGACCCUCCCAGACCUUCAGAGACUCCAGCCACCCUCGGGCCAUGCAGAAACUUUGUCCCCAGCAGAGAUGCCUUACUCCAGGAAAAUCUAAAAGAGAAGUGAAUUGACUAUUUAUUUUAACUCCUUCCGCACAAGCUGUGAGCCGCAGUCGGGUGUGCAGGGAAACUCUCCGUGUUGAAUUCUCAUUUUCUAAGUUAUUGCGGGGGGCGGCUUCUUCGUGCCCCAGAGCUCCCAGGUGCGGGAGGGCCCUGGCGACUGGUCAGCGCCAACGUCCCUCUCAGUCAAAGCACUGCAACUUUUUUCUUGUUGUAAUUGUUUUGCUACUAAGACGAUUUCAGAAUUUCAGUCUAUUUUUUCAACAGAGACUGCCGCCACCAAGAAUCCAAAACCUGUUUUUGACUUUGAGACUUGCUUUUUGUUGAUGGAUCCCCCCGCGGAGAUGACGACAGUAUUUCUGUAUAAUGAAGCGUCUGCCGGGCAUGGGCCAGGAGCCCCUCGGUAGGGUGGGCUUCCGCAGACAGGAGGCCCCUGUGGGCCUGCCUGGGGCAACUGUCUGGUAAUGCCUGCCUGGGUGGGUGCAGGGUAUCCGGCGGCAACCAUGGGUUGUCUCGGGUCUGUCACUGCGACACUGUGACACUGUGAUGCUUGUCUGCCCCUCCUCUCCAUUCCCCUCACCACUGGAAAAGCAGAGAGAGGAGGGCUGAGGCAUUCAUGCUGCUCUGGGUCUAGACCCUGCAGGAUUGUGUGCCCUUGCCCUCUCCCUCUUGUUGCCACCUGCUGUAUACCAGCUUGAGACAGGUCCCUGCCUUCCUGGGGGCCGGGUGGGGGGGGGUGAGAAGUGACUGGGCUUCUGUGGGGCUGAGGUGAGGUGGGGCGUCCUGCAGGGGGAGUUGGGGGCUGCUCAGCUCAGCCGUUGGGGCGGGGGGCGGCAGGUCAGGGUGUUCCUUUGGACCUACCUCAGGGAGCUGAGCGUGCAGGUGUCACGGGGCACGCCCGGUGCAGAGUAAAGGCCCAGAAAAUACAGGUAGCUAAUGUUAUAAUAAUAUUUUUAUUAGAAUGUUCUGAUUAUAAAAAUAAAACUUGUUUUCUUUAAAGAGAAA